UCCAAGGACCAUUGUCUUUUCCAACUAACACACCUCAGCCGGAAAAGCCAUCAUGCCGUCAGUUUCCGGCCAAACCGUCUGUGUUACCGGUGCCGGCGGAUUCAUCGCUUCAUGGAUCGUCAAACUACUUCUAGAAAAAGGGUAUACCGUAAAAGGAACCGUCAGAAAUCCAGAUGAUCCAAAGAACUCGCAUUUGAGAGAGCUUGAAGGAGCAAAGGAGAGACUGACUCUAUGUAAAGCUGGUCUUCUUGAUUACGGAAGCUUGCGAGAGGCCAUUAAUGGGUGUGAUGGUGUUUUUCACACUGCAUCACCAGUAACUGAUGAUCCAGAACAAAUGGUGGAGCCAGCAGUGAACGGAACUAAGAAUGUUAUAAUUGCAGCGGCUGAAGCCAAGGUUCGGCGCGUGGUCUUCACGUCAUCAAUUGGUGCAGUGUACAUGGACCCUAACAGGGACCCUGAUAUAGUGGUUGAUGAGAGUUGCUGGAGUGAUCUUGAGUUCUGCAAGAACACUAAGAAUUGGUACUGCUAUGGAAAGGCGGUGGCAGAGCAGGUGGCGUGGGAGGUGGCGAAGGAGAAAGGGGUGGACCUAGUGGUGGUAAACCCGGUGUUGGUGCUGGGACCAUUGCUGCAACCAACAAUCAAUGCUAGCAUUAUUCACAUUCUCAAGUACUUGACUGGUUCGGCCAAGACUUAUGCCAACUCGGUCCAGGCCUAUGUCCAUGUCAAAGAUGUGGCAUUGGCACACUUACUCGUCUACGAGACCCCUUCAGCAUCCGGGCGAUACAUAUGUCUUUGCACCGAAAGGAUGCUUCACCGUGGUGAGGUGGUCGAGAUUCUGGCCAAGUUCUUCCCGGAGUAUCCUGUCCCUACCAAGUGCAAGGAUGAGACAAAGCCAAGAGCAAAACCCUACAAGUUUUCGAACCAAAAGCUGAAGGACAUAGGGUUGGAGUUCACACCAGUGAAGCAAUGCCUAUAUGACACUGUCAAGAGCCUGCAGGAGAAGGGUCACCUCCCACUCCCCACACAGCCGCAAGAUGAAUCUAUCCGCAUUCAGACAUAGUUUCUUUUUUCUAGCUACCAUUGAUGAAGGGCACACCUCCAAGCCCCGGCCAUGCUGGCAGUGAUUAUUAUAAAUCUCGUGUGAAGACGUGAAUAGCAGUAGCAUAUUGGUAACUUUCAAAAUAAAAGAUUGAGGGUUUAAAUCGAGAAUAUAUAUAUAUAAAAGUUAAUGUGUAUUGUAGUUAAGCUUUCUUUUCGGGUUGAGUGGUUUGCCAGUUUCCUUUCUACUAUGAAUUAUAUCUAUUUUUGAGAGGUUUGCCAGUUAUCCACUAUGAACUUAUAUCUAUAUAAUGUGAAAAUAGU